AUGCUAUCGGUGUAUUGGAUACUAGAUAGUCUUGUCGAUCCACUUGGGUACGGUACUCAUUGUGGUCUCGUUCGGCUCCAAACCCGGACUGCAUUCGGACCGCACUGGAUCGGAUCCGGAUCCGGAUCCGACCCAACUCGGACAGUUGGCCAUCACCUUAUAUUCUGUCUACUAGGAUGGAAGAGACGAAGACAACUUUUCACUUUACUAAAAGAAAAACCUUUUAAUGUACUAAAACAAGAUGUUUUAGUACUUGAGGAUAGUGCCCAACUAGCAGCUCAUUUGGAUGGCAAUCGCGGGCAGGAUAGUGUUUUCUUUCCCAUUUCAAGAGAACCUUUUAAUGUACUAAAACAAGAUGUUUUAGUAGUUGAGGAUCAUGCCCAACUAGCAGCUCAUUUGGAUGGCAAUCGCGGACAGGAUGGUGUUUUCUUUCCCAUUUCAAGAGAACCUUUUAAUGUACUAAAACAAGAUGUUUUAGUAGUUGAGGAUCAUGCCCAACUAGCAGCUCAUUUGGAUGGCAAUCGCGAACAGGAUAGUGUUUUAUUUCCCAUUGACGGUUCAGUUGAGGUGACCAGAAGACAACCUUUCACUUUACUAACAGAAAAACCUUUUAAUGUACUAAAAGAAGACGUUUUAGUAGUUGAAGAUAAUGCCCAACUAGCAGCUCAUUUGGAUGGCAAUCGCGGACAGGAUAGUGCUUUCUUUCCCAUUUCAAGAAAACCUUUUAAUGUACUAAAACAAGAUGUUUUAGUACUUGAGGAUAAUGCCCAACUAGCAGCUCAUUUGGAUGGCAAUCGCGAACAGGAUAGUGUUUUAUUUCCCAUUGACGGUUCAGUUGAGGUGACCAGAAGACAACCUUUCACUUUACUAACAGAAAAACCUUUUAAUGUACUAAAAGAAGACGUUUUAGUAGUUGAAGAUAAUGCCCAACUAGCAGCUCAUUUGGAUGGCAAUCGCGGACAGGAUAGUGCUUUCUUUCCCAUUUCAAGAAAACCUUUUAAUGUACUAAAACAAGAUGUUUUAGUACUUGAGGAUAAUGCCCAACUAGCAGCUCAUUUGGAUGGCAAUCGCGAACAGGAUAGUGUUUUAUUUCCCAUUGACGGUUCAGUUGAGGUGACCAGAAGACAACCUUUCACUUUACUAACAGAAAAACCUUUUAAUGUACUAAAAGAAGACGUUUUAGUAGUUGAAGAUAAUGCACAACUAGCAGCUCAUUUGGAUGGCAAUCGCGGACAGGAUAGUGCUUUCUUUCCCAUUUCAAGAAAACCUUUUAAUGUACUAAAACAAGAUGUUUUAGUACUUGAGGAUAAUGCCCAACUAGCAGCUCAUUUGGAUGGCAAUCGCGGACAGGAUAGUGCUUUCUUUCCCAUUUCAAGAAAACCUUUUAAUGUACUAAAACAAGAUGUUUUAGUACUUGAGGAUAAUGCCCAACUAGCAGCUCAUUUGGAUGGCAAUCGCGGGCAGGAUAGUGUUUUAUUUCCCAUUGACGGUUCAGUUGAGAUAACCAGAAGACAACCUUUCACUUUACUAAAAGAAAAACCGACAUAA